GCAGCUGUAGCAGCUUCCUUAGGGAAGCGGUUGGCGGGCGUCUGUGUGGCUCUCCCCUUUUCCCUGGCGGGCUUACAUUGCCGGCGGGCCGGGAGCUGCUUCUUUGCGGUGUUGAAAAAUCUUUUCUUCCUUGGGAAGGCUGAAUGGGCUAAACAUGAAGAGCUUGAAAGCAAAGUUCAGGAAGAAUGAUACCAAUGAGUGGAAUAAGAAUGAUGAUCGGCUGUUGCAGGCUGUGGAGAAUGGAGAUGUGGAGAAGGUGGCCUCCUUGCUGGGCAAGAAGGGUGCCUGUGCCACCAAGCAUGACAGUGAAGGCAAAACUGCUUUCCAUCUGGCUGCAUCAAGAGGUCAUGUGGAGUGCCUCAGGGCUAUGGUAACCCACGGAGCAGAUGUGACAGCACAAGAUACUGCAGGACACAGUGCUUUACACCUAGCAGCCAAGAACAGUCAUCCUGAGUGCAUUAAGAAGCUUCUUCAGUCUAAAUGUCCAACAGAAAGCACUGACAAUUCUGGAAAAACAGCUUUACACUAUGCAGCGGCACAUGGCUGCCUUCAAGCAGUUCAGAUUCUCUGUGAACACAAAAGCCCGGUUAACCUCAAGGAUUUGGAUGGGAAUAUACCACUGCUUCUUGCGAUACAAAAUGGCCAUACUGAGGUGUGCCGCUAUCUCUUGGACCAUGGAGCAGAUGUCAAUUCUAGAGACAAAAGUGGAAGAACCGCCCUAAUGCUGUCUUGUGAAACUGGCAACUCUAACAUGGUGGAAGCCUUAAUUAAAAAGGGUGCAGACAUAAACCUUGUGGAUUCUCUUGGACACAAUGCCUUACAUUAUUCCAAACUCUCAGAAAAUACAGGAAUUCAAAGCCUUCUAUUAUCAAAAAUCUCUCAGGACACUGAUGUAAAGACUCCAACAAAACCAAAGCAGCAUGAUCAAGUCUCUAAAAUAAACUCAGAGAGAAGUGGAACUCCCAAAAAACGCAGGGCUCCACCACCUCCUAUCAGUCCUUCCCAGUUAAGUGACCUGUCUACACCACGUUCAGUAACUUCAACCCCACUGUCAGGAAAGGAACCUGUCUUUUUCCCUGAGCAGCCUUUCAAGCAGGAAGAGGUCAGCUCGCUACGAGAUAACAAAGACAGACUAAGUGAUAGUACAGCAGGUGCUGAUAGUUUAUUGGAUGUGAGUUCUGAAGCUGACCAGCAAGAUCUUCUCAUGCUCUUGCAGGCAAAAGUUGCUUCUCUUACCUUGCAUAAUAAGGAGUUACAAGACAAGUUAAGGGCCAGAACACCCAAGGAAGUGGAGGCAGACUUGAGCACUGACUCUUACCAUUCUACCCAGACUGACUUGACCCCAUUAGUGGAUAAACCAAGUGAAACUUCUGCUUUUGUUUUAACCCACACUUUAAGUAAAGCUUCUAGCAGCAGUGACAUAAAAAUUCAAGAACUACAGGAAGUUUUACAGGAUGUGCAGAUGAAACUGGAUAUCUCAGAAGCUGAAAAAAGAGAAUUGCAAGCCCAGCUCCAAUUUCGAGUUCCAGAAUCAGUUUGUUUAAACAGCUCCGAGAUUUCAGAGAAUGGCUCUGACCUGAGCCAAAAGCUUAAGGAAACCCAGAGCAAAUAUGAAGAAGCUAUGAAAGAAGUCUUGAAUGUGCAAAAGCAAAUGAAAUUGGGCCUUGUUGCUCCAGAAAGCAAAGAUAAUAGUUACUCAGAUCUUCAUGAGCUGAGGUCCACAGAUGAAGCAAUUGAAACACUGAAGCAAGAUCUACAGAAUGCAUUGGAAGAAAGUGAAAGAAAUAAAGAGAAAGUGAGAGAGUUAGAGGGGAAACUUGAAGAAAAGGAGAAAACUGUAGUCAUCCAGCCACCUGUGGAAGAGUAUGAGAAAAUAAGAACUUCAUAUUGCUCUGUGAUUGAGAAUAUGAAACAAGAGAAAACCAUUUUAUUUGAGAAAUACAAUGAUGCUCAAGAAGAAAUCAAGAAACUACAAGACACGUUGAAAAGUCAGGCACCUCAAGAGUCCAGUGAUGAAACCGGGGACAUGAAAGAAGCCAUGAACAGAAUGAUUGAUGAACUCAAUAAGCAGGUGACUGAGCUCUCCCAGCUCUACAAGGAAGCCCAGGCUGAGCUCGAGGACUACAGGAAGAGGAAGUCACUGGAGGAUGUAACUUCUGAAUAUAUCCAUAAAGAUGAGCAUGAGAAGCUCAUUCAGGUGACAAAUGUGUCCAGGAUAAAAGCUGAAGAUGAGUUAUCUGAAAUGAAGUCCCAGUAUUCAAAGGUAUUGAAUGAAGUAACGCAGCUCAAGCAACUAGUUGAUGCUCAGAAGCAAAAUUCUGUGUCCAUCACUGAACAUUUGCAAGUGAUAACCACACUCCGAAAUGCUGCAAAGGAAAUGGAAGAAAAAAUUUGCAAUCUUAAAGGGCAGCUGGCAGGUAAGGAAACGGAAGUAGCAAAUCUUGAGAAACAUCUUUUGGAAGAAAAAGCAGCGAUGAAUGAUGCCAUGGUACCUAGAGCCUCCUAUGAAAAGCUCCAGGCAUCUUUGGAAGGUGAAGUGAGUGCAUUGACGUCUAAAUUGAAGGAUUCUGUGAAAGAGAGAGAGAAGGCAUCCUUAGAAGUGACUCAGGUGAGAAAUGAGGUCUCACAGAUAAAAAGGGAAAAGGACAGUAUUCAAAAUCUCCUGAAAGCUAAGGAACAGGAGGUAAAUGAACUUCAUCAAAAGUGCCAGCAAACCCAAGAAGAACUUACAGAAAUGAGGAGAUAUUCUGAAAGCUCUUCAAAAUUGGAAGAGGACAAAGACAAGAAGAUAAAUGAGAUGUCCAAGGAAGUCACUAAAUUAAAAGAAGCUUUGAACAGCCUCUCUCAGCUUUCCUACACUACCAGUGCAUCCAAGAGGCAAAGUCAGCAGCUUGAGGCCUUGCAGCAGCAAGUGAAACAACUACAGAAUCAACUGACGGAAUCCAAGAAACAACACCAGGAGAUUGUCUCAGUUUAUAGAAUGCAUCUUCUAUAUGCUGUCCAGGGUCAGAUGGAUGAAGAUGUUCAAAAAGUACUGAAGCAAAUUCUCACAAUGUGUAAAAACCAGUCCCAAAAGAAGUGAAAUAGACUCUCUGGGACUCAGUGGCAACCCUUCACAUUUGCCAUAUUUGCCUUAAAGCAGGAGUUAGGUUGACAUCCACUGCCAUUUUUCUCAUUUGUUGUAUGCACUGUGAGUUCACAUAGCCCUCUCAGCUUCUUCUACACAAAGACUCCUGAGGACUGUCCCCAGAAGAAGACCUUCCAUUCCUCAAAAUUGUCUAUUGACUUUAAGACCUAAAGUACCAGCCUUGUGAUGAGCUGAGGCUGUUAAGUGCAGAUCUUGGUGCUGGCAGAUGCCACACCUGCUUUGGGUCUGUGGGGCUAAGAGGCUUCAUCAGGGUGGUCAUUGGGUGGUAGUGACCCCUCAAACCUCCAUAGGACUAGUUGUUGCAAAUCAUGUGGUAAAUGCUGUUGGAACUCCUUUUCCCACGGCUGCCCAACGUACCAUAUGUUCCAUCCACCUCUAUUUUUAUUUAGAAGCACCCAAGAUUUUAGGCUAUUAACCUUUAACAUGUUAAUUUUUAACCAAAUUAACCCUGGCACUGGUUACAAGGUACACUCCACAGCUAAUCAUCAUGUCCUGUGGAUGAAGUGUAUAACCAGUUCCCAUUACAUUCUUUUUCUUCCUCUACCUUUCAACUCUUAGAGCUAUGCUAUUUUCAGUCCAGCAAUUGGAUGAAUAGGAUUAACUAAAACAUAUUGCUUAAAACAUAAAUGAGUUGAUUUUUUAAAAAAAGAUUUUUUUUAAAAACCUUUAAGUGACACAUCGCAAACAACCUAUGCAAGCUUGCCUACUACUGUUGUCCGUCAAGCUCAGGAAAUCCAAGUACAUGCUUUUCAACAAGGGAUUACAGUAAACAGUACAUUUACAACCAAAAGAAAUGCCUCGUAGUUCCUGACCUCACUUUUGUAAAGAUGUUUUUUCUCCAUUAUAUUUUUAUUGGCCAUUACAGAUUUUUGGUACCUAAGCCAUUUACUACAUAAAAUUUGCAUUACACUAUGUUAACAAAAUAUUUUAGAUAAACAUGCUUUAGACUUAAAAUGUCUUUGGGUAAAAGUUUUCAGCUGUAGCAAAAUGUACUCGAGGUACUCUAAGCUCAUUACAAAGUCCCAGCAGAUACUAGCCAUUCUUGGAGUUGUCAAGUGUUCCUGAUGAACAUCAGCUCCACCCUUUUGGCUGAAUGUCAGGACAUCAUAGCUGUGCUUACUUUUCCAAGCAUUGAGAGCCUGGCUGAUGCCAGUCACUAAAAACUGGUAAGACUUUGAUAUUGUCUAGCCCUUACUUAGGUGCAUGGCAAAAAUCUGUGGAAGAAAGAUUUUCCUAUUCCCAUGCCAUACUUAGAAUCUGAAGCUUGUCUAACUUGCCUGAGGCUUCACUUAUGGCUUGUUCUUACUGAGGUAUACAAACAUAAAAAAAAAAAAAAUCUCUAAGGUGUUUUGCCCAGGAGCCUGUGUCUACUUUGACUGAGUGGAAAGUGGCUCACGGCUCACUGAACUCAGUGCACUCUAGAGCAGAUGCUCUCUAAACAAUGGCAAAGCAAAAUGGCUUUAAAACUUCCCCUCAGAUAAUAGGUCUUGGGGUUACUGAAGUUAAUUGUAAUUUGACAGUUUUUUUAGAAGCUCCAAGGAAAUGUGUAGGGACCUUAUCAGGGUGGUCAGCACUUAAGAAAACACAAAACAAAAAUUCCAGCACACAAAUGCUGCAGAAUCUAAAACUUGAGACAUUUUAUAGGUUUCCUGACAAGUUUAGUAUUUUACUUCGUUUCAUCAUACGUAUUUAUUAUAAGUAUCCUGGUUAAAUAUUGAAAAGUUAUACACUAUAGUCUAGCAUUUUUGUCUUUGUAAUUUACAGGAGUUUAUGCAGAAAAUAAACUUUGGUUCCAUUGUUUUUAA